AUGGCGAGUGGCCCUCGUCGAAAUACCCCGUCUAAUCUUCGUAUCCCUCCUACCACUGUUGAGUGGACCGUUACAAAGACCGACAACCACGAUACCAAGAUGGGCACUCCGUUGGGCUCGCCAACUCUAGCAGCCUCGACGGCAAAGUUCAGAAACAAGGUCCCAGCCCAGAUGCAAAGAUGUUUACCACUGUACAUGGCAUGUGUCAUUGUCCUCUUCAUCAUCCUUAACUUCGACAUCUUCUACUCUAUACCCAGCCCCCUCGGCGUGUUCCGAAAAGAAAAAGAGAUUGUAUCAACACCAUCACGCUUUAGCACGUUUCCACAAAAGAUUUGGCAAACGUGGAAGGUCGAUCCAUUAAACUUUGAGGAUCGUGACUUGAUUACUUCAAGGACGUGGGUCAAUAAGAACCCUGGAAUGCGAUAUGAAGUUCUCACAGACGACAAUGAGCUUGCAUUUGUGGAGGAGCACUUUGGUGCGGGGAGUGCGAUAAAUCGACCGGAUAUUGUCAGGUUUUACAAGAGCAUCAACUUGCAUAUUAUCAAGGCUGAUCUAUUGAGAUACAUGAUCAUGUACGCUCAAGGAGGUGUCUAUGCAGACAUUGACGUCGAAGCGCUGAGGCCUGUGCAUCGUUUUAUCCCCGAGCGGUAUGACGAGAGGGACAUUGACUUGAUUGUCGGUGUUGAGAUUGAUCAGCCGGAGUUCAGCGAUCAUCCUAUCCUAGGCAAGAAAUCAAAGUCUUUCUGCCAAUGGACUAUCAUUGCAAAGCCUCACCAGCCAGUCAUGCUGCACCUCAUCGAGCAUAUCAUGGUUUGGCUCAAGGCUGAAGCAAUGAAGCAAAAGGUUGCUCUUGGAGAUAUCGAGCUUACCUUUGACCAAGUCAUCAGCGGCACUGGUCCUUCUGCCUUUACAGGAGCUUUGCUGGAGCAGAUGCGCAAGAACCAUCGUGGUGGAAAGGUCACAUGGGAUCUAUUCCACAACCUGGAUGAGUCCAGAGUUGUCGGUCGGGUUCUUGUUCUCAACGUCGAGGCCUUCUGUGCUGGACAAGGCCAUUCAGACUCUGGUAACCACGACUCUCGUGGAGCUUUGGUCAAGCACCACUACCAUGCCUCCAAUUGGCCCAGCAAGCAUCCUCGCUACCGUCAUCCAGCAUACGGCCAGGUUGAGGACUGCAACUGGAACGUGGAGUGCGUGAGGCUCUGGGACGAGAACGUGGCUGAGUGGGAUAAGCUCUCGGAGGAAGAGAAGAAGCUGAAGAUUGAGCAGGCCAAGAAGCCUGAUCUUGGUCUAUGA